GUGUGAGACGGGGCCGUUCCAGCCACCAGAGGAGAUUUCCCCUGAACUGGACGAGCAAGUCAGUGGUUUCUCCCAAGCAAACGAUUGCGCUGUCGGAGACUCUGAGGGAGUUCACAGAUACUCUACCCUCCGCACUGGAGAGAGCCAGAGGAAAAUCCAUGGGAGCUUUCAGACAGGUGACUGUGACUCUGGAUCCAGACACAGCCCAUCCCCUGCUUGUCCUGUCUGAGGAUCAGAAACGUGUGAGAUGGACAAAUACUCCACAGGGAGUGCCUGAUUCCUCACAGAGAUUUGACUCUGUGCCCUGUGUGCUGGGCUGUGAGGGCUUCACCUCGGGGAGACAUUGCUGGGAGGUGGAGGUGGGGUACAGGGAGCACUGGGCCGUGGGGGUGGCCAAAGAGUCUGUGAGGAGGAAAGGACGGAUCAGUGUUAGGCCUGAGGGGGGGAUCUGGGCUGUGGAGCAUUCGUCAGGUCAUCUUUGGGCUCUCACCAUUCCGAAUACCCGCCUGCCGCUGUACCUACGCACCAGCAGGAUCCGGGUUUAUCUGGACUGUGACCGGGGGCAGGUGACAUUUAUCGAUGCUGUUCAUGAGGCCCCAAUCUUCACUUUCCCGCCGGGCUCCCUCCCUGGGGAGAGAAUCCGACCCUGGUUCCAGCUCUGGAAUACAGACGCCUGCCUCAGACUGUGCCCCUGAAAUGGGGAGAAGGGCAAAAGAGAAAGAAGAUCCCACUAACCGCCCCAAAAGCAGCCUCUCUGGGCCCAUGCAGUCUCCAUGGCAAUUUUCCCUGGACUUUCUGCCCUGGAGUUGGGGUGACUGGAGGCUGCGUGGGGUCUCUGCCUGGGGGUAUUAGUGGGGGGGCCAGGUGGCAGGAGUUGGACUCCCCUGCACUCACAACCCAGAAACCUGCUCCGCAAUGCUGCUAUCUCCCGUCCUGUUAUGCUCUGCUUCGCUGCAGCCAGCUGCUGGGUCACUCCAGCUCCCACCACCAUGGUGAGUGUGGCGGGUGGACACCUGCUGCCCUGCACCAGGCCCCAGGUAAUCCCCUGGUUCACGUUGCACAGAGAGAGCAUUUGGGAAGAGGGUAUGGGGGGCAGGAAGGGGUGGAGCUGUGAUGGGGCAGAGCUUGGGGUAGGGGUGGAGUGGGGGAGGGAGGCCUGGGCCCCACACCCGACUUGGAAUGUCCCUGGAUGGAUGGAUGCAGUCUCUGCCCUGCAAACCACAGAGUGCGCUGCUGGAUCCCAGGGCCAGACAGUGUCACUGAGACCAGGGGAGGGGGGAACAACCCCAGGAACGAAGAAAUGGGCUUCUCUAGACUCAGCCCUGCCUCUCCUCGAUGUCUGGCCCAUCUCUGCACUCCAAAGGGCUCCUGUCUCCCCAAUUGCUGAUCUGUGAUUGCCCAGAGGCCCUCCCCUUCUCUGCAGCCCCAGGGAUGUGG